AUGGUCAAACUAAACUAUGCCAAAUCAAGGGGUACUGCGAAGGACAUGUUUCAGAACUAUGUCCGAGCAAGCCGUGCAGUAUACCGCUUGGAUGACAAAGAAAUAGGAAUUUUUAAUCAAAAAAUAAGCGAGGCCUACAUUCUUGAGUUCUAUGUGGCAUGGAAAAUGAACGAUACCCUACCAAGGUUUGGGGAACACGUCCCACAAAAGAUCGAACAAAUUAUUCCACGGGAGAUUUUCACAAAGGAGAUGGCACGUAUGGUGAUGGAAAGCCUCUUAGCCCCAUUGCUGGAAGUGCGCACUCAGAUGUGGAGUAUCCGAGCGCUGGCGCCAAUCAACAUCAUUCUGCCAAAAACCAUCGAAGCCGAGGAGGGAUGGUCGCAAUUGCGGUUGGAGCUCCUGGGCGCUUUCUUAAAGAUUCCACAAUCUGUUAGUGCACCUGUAAUUCAGAUGAUGGUUCCCCACGCCACUCAGGGUGGGGAUGGUACUGCUGCUAUACAACACGUAGCUCCCAGUACUCCCAGUGUGGUCUUGGCUCCAACUCGCCCAAGGACAGCCUGUCCUACAACACCAUACUCCCCUAUUAGCAAAGGCAAGGCGAUGGGCGAUCGUGGACCCACCUCCAGGUCGAAUCUCUCAUUCAAGAUGCCUGAUCCCUCCAUGAUUACCGCCACACCAAUGCCUCCGAGUCCCACAGCAACACUGCGGUCAUCGUCUGUUUCAUCCAACAUAUGGGAGAGGUUAGCCAACGAGAGUGCGGACCCCGAGGCAAUCGGUGCGCACCUUGCAGAAGUUUCACUUGCAUCAAACGUAGAAGUGCCGAAAAGAUUCGGGCACAGUCCCUCCUAUGCCCCGGCUGCCACGGCCACUGCUCCUGUGGUGUCAGCAUUGACCCAAGAAAACGUACAGAGCCUAGAGCAGAGCAGUUCACAGUUGGGCAUGACCAACUUGACGGCGACGACUCCAUCAAAGGACCCAAGGCAUGCGCCACCCAUUUCCACAUCGCAUGCUGGCGAACUCUACGGACAUCACGACAAGGAUCGAGAGUUUACUGAAAUGGACAUAAGCGUUAUCGUUCUUUUGGCCCAAUCCGUAAAAUUCAAUGAAGUUGAGUAUCGCAACACAUUGAUAAAACGGUUUGAUCAUUCCCCAAGCGAGGCAUACUUGCUCGCAAAGGUGGCAGCAGCGAACCGAAGGUAA